AUGGUCUUAGAUAAUCAUGAAUCACAUUUAUCUAUCCCUGUGUUGAACUUUUGCAAAGUUAAUGGAGUUGUUCUUUUAAGUUUCCCGCCCCACACAUAUCACAAGCUGCAGCCCCUUGAUCGCACUGUGUUUGGCCCACUUAAAAGAUAUUUUAAUAGUGCUGCAGAUGCAUGGUUAAGAUCUAAUCCAGGUAAAGUAAUGAACAUCUAUGAUAUACCUACCGUUCUAAGAGAUUCAUUUUCCCUUGCUGUUACGCCUCUUAAUAUACAAAAAGGAUUUAAGGUGACUGGAAUUUGGCCUUUCAACAGAGAAAUAUUUCAAGAUGAUGAAUUCUUACCCUCAGAAGUAACAGACAGGCCAAAGCCAGAAAAUAUUAACACAUCAAUGGAAAUAAGUCCUGAACCAGAAUUUAAUAGGGAAAACCAAAGAACCCCACAACCUUCUACGAGUUCAGCUUGCAGCUUAUCGUUAGAUAAAUCUGUUGAUUUACUAUCUACUGGUACUCAUAUAACGCCCCGAGAAUUAAAACCUUACCCAAAAGCCAUGCCAAGAAAAUCAAAAGUAGGUCGGAAGAAAAGAGUUUCCGCAAUUUUGACAGACACUCCGAUUAAAUCUGCUUUAGAGGAGGAAGAAAGGACAAGACAAAGAAAAAAAAUGUGGGAGCAACUAAAAGAAACAUAUCGGGUGAAUUAA